GCUUCCUGGGAAGAGGGCAGAGUGCUUGGGAAGACUGCAGGAAGGUAGGCAGCAGUCAGUCCCUGGGAAAAAGGUUCUGGGAGCUGGGACACUCAGAGAGAGAAGGGAAGCUGGGUGUGGUAGGCAGCAGUCCAGGGAAGGAGCAGUGAGGGCUGGAAGGGGGAAGCCCAGAACUGCUGAGUUGAGUAUCCCUGGACUAGAACCCGGAGCAGAGGGCAGGCCCAGGUUCCCCUACCAGCCACUGGGGAGACACUGAAGGUCCUGGGGCAAGAGGAGCUUCAGACCUGAGUCAGAGUGAUGGUGUCCAAAUUGUGGACAGAAGCAUUGACCUCAGGAACUAAUCCCCACAGUGACCAGGAGGAGGCACCAGAUUGGAGGUUUUUUAGAAAGAAGGAGAGCCGAUGCCUGUGUGAAGGUGACACCAUCCUCAGUGCUGUGCUGGAAACAGCAUCUGGAGCCAUGUCCUGGUCCCAAAAGAGGCAGAGCCAACACUCCAUCCCCACUAGGAACUUGCUCUCCGAGGACAUAAACAACUCCUGCCACAGAAAAAAAGGGGAGGCACUGCAAAGGAAGGAGGCGGUAGGGAGGGAAGAGCCUGGGAUAAGAAGACCCUAAUGCUCUGGUGAUGGCAUGGACCGAACGCCCUUCCAGCGACUGUUUUUACCUUCCUCCCAGUUCUGUCUCCACCGGGUCCCCCAAAAGCAUGAAGGAGCAAGACUGAUGCAGCGCCAUUGUUAGCAACCCAACUAUGGCUGGAGAUUCUAGGAUCUUCAUGAACCAGGACAUGGAAAUUGGAGUCACACCCAUGGAUCCCAAGAAGUUUCCCAGACAGCCGCGGGACUAUGUCCCUAUCGCCACUGACCGAACCCGUCUCCUGGCAGCAGAAAUCAAGAAGCCGCGCCAGCGUUACAUGGAGAAGAGUGGCAAGUGCAAUGUGCACCAUGGAAAUGUCCAUGAAACCUACCGGUACCUUAGCGACCUCUUCACUACUCUGGUGGACCUCAAGUGGCGCUUUAACCUCCUUGUUUUUACCAUGGUUUAUACUGUCACAUGGUUGUUUUUUGGGUUCAUUUGGUGGCUUAUUGCCUACAUCCGGGGAGAUCUGGACCAUCUUGAAGAUGAGAACUGGAUCCCCUGUGUUGAAAAUCUCAGUGGAUUUGUCUCCGCGUUUCUGUUUUCCAUUGAGACUGAGACCACAAUUGGGUACGGCUACAGGGUUAUCACUGAAAAGUGCCCCGAGGGCAUCAUACUGCUCCUGAUUCAGGCUAUUCUAGGCUCCAUUGUCAAUGCGUUCAUGGUAGGGUGCAUGUUUGUCAAAAUCAGCCAACCAAAGAAAAGGGCCGAGACCCUCAUGUUUUCCAAUAAUGCAGUGAUUUCUAUCAGGGAUGAGAAGCUCUGUCUAAUGUUCCGGGUCGGGGACCUCCGGAAUUCCCACAUUGUUGAGGCUUCCAUUAGAGCCAAGUUGAUCAAGUCCAAACAGACCAAAGAAGGGGAAUUUAUCCCCUUGAACCAAACGGACAUCAACGUGGGCUUUGAUACGGGGGACGACAGGCUAUUCCUGGUUUCACCACUCAUCAUCUCACACGAAAUCAAUGAGAAGAGCCCCUUCUGGGAGAUGUCCCGUGCCCAACUGGAGAAGGAGGAGUUUGAAAUCGUGGUCAUCUUGGAAGGAAUGGUCGAAGCAACAGGGAUGACUUGCCAGGCCCGGAGCUCCUAUAUGGACAAAGAGGUGCUAUGGGGACACCGCUUCACUCCCGUCCUCACUCUCGAGAAAGACUUUUACGAAGUCGACUACAACAGUUUCCACUGCACCUACGAAACCAACACCCCCACGUGCUGUGCCAAGGAGCUGGCCCAGUCUUUCCAAGAGGGCCGGCUCCUCCGCCACCUCUCCAGCGCCACCCUCCUGAGCGGGGGCGAGGAAGCAGAGACAGCAAAAGAGGAACAGGAGGUGGAAGAGGAAGGAAGGGAGGAGGCUGGGCUGAAUGGAGCCAAUGGAACAGCAGGAGAGGAGCCUUCAGUCCAUGGCUCAAGUGCGCUCCUGAUGUCAGGGAGAAUAAUGGAAAGUGAAACCAGAGCUGAUCUUUGCAAGGCAGAGUGGAGACCAUUCGAAACCAAAUACUUUAGCCCCGCUGCUUUUGCAACCCAAACAUCGCAGCAUGGAGCUAGUACAUGAGAACCUAAGUGUGGAAAUGACUGGAGAGCGAAACUGAUCGGUCGUUUUCGUUGCCUCAAGGCAAGAGAAAUGCACCAUGAGAAAGCACUUCACUGGAACUGCUCAUUGAGUAAGGUACUAUUUAGCAUAUGUCAAGAUGGCAAAAUUAGACUAAAUAUUAAGGUAAUAGUGGCAGUUGAAUGACAGUGAAAAUCACAAUAGAAACAAAUAUGACAAAUAUUAAAGGGAGAAAUAUUAAAUAACAAUAGCCCCUCCCUAUGCUCAUCUCUCACUGUUCUUCAUUAUUUGUCCAUCAUUUUUAUGCCAAAUAAGUGAGCAAUGCAAUCACUACUGAAUUCACGCCCCAUCUGCCUCCCUCUCAUACAGCAUCUGAGCUCAGCUGUUUCUGUUCCUCCCAGAAUAGAAAGAGGAGAGACAGAUGCCAGGCACAGACAGGGAGAUUCUUUUCCUGAUGGAAGGAAGCAAAUAGAAGCUCAUUUGGGUUUUGUUCUCCCCAGAACGUGACAUCUUUUCAUCACCAGACAGGCCACAUAGUUCAAGCAGUGAUUAGCACAGGAAGGAAGUGGGAACUCAGAGAUCAUGAUUCAGGCAGGAGCAACUCCCCAAAUGCUGCGUGAAACAGUAGCAGAGAGAAGUGCAUGUGAUUGUAUUGUGGCAUAUUUAAUUUCACAAUAUUUAAUUUUAUUGAUUCAUAAUUGUCUCUUUGUUACCCUGUGCUCUUCCUGUCUGUCUGCUUUACCGACCUGUGGUCUGCCAUCUUACAGUUAGGUUGUAAGCUCUUUGGGGCAGGGACUGUCUCUUUGUUAUGCCUUUGUACAGCACUCGGCACAGUGGGGCUCAGGUGUCCA